AAACGAUUGUCACGAAGCUCGUUGACACGCAGAUGUAGGUCUGUAAUGGUCGUGCUUUUUGUCUCGUUUGCGCCGAGCCGUACGUGGUCGGUCUUUCUACUGCGAAACAAGAUCCUGUUCCGAAGAAGUGUAAGCGAGUUUCGCGACUCAAAUUUUUUCGCACUGCUUCUGGACGGAGUAGGUAACGCCACAUGAACAAAAAUCAAUAUGCUUACCGCAGCGGAAAUUCGAAGUUUGGCACAGGAGGUGAAGGCUUUGGACCCGGACCUCGGUGCUUUCGAAUACCAACCGGCGCCUGCUCAGGAUGCGCAUGCCGUCGGGACGAGUUCACAUGUAUUCGCACAGCCGCACCACACCGUGGCGCAGCACGAGAGGAGCAGCAGUAGUUCGAGCGCCCGGCCCGAUUACGAAUACCGCUACCAAGAACCAUCGCGCGGCCACGCGUCCGAAUUUGAUGUCAGCAUCAAACCCCCGACGCGGCCGUCCGCCCGGCCGAAAAACAAGAAGGCAAACCUCACCCUUACAGCCUAUGACGACACGCCCGGUGGACCAACCGCAAAAUUUCUUCGCGGGCUGCGCAGCACUGGAGACCCGCCUUUAAUUUCUGGAAACAGCAAGAGUAGUCCGAGCUCAGCCAACAAUGUUGCGGACCGGAAUGCGCAGUCUCGUAGCGGGUUGGUUUCACGACACUCAGGCCCGGCGUUUACAUCUUCUGGAAGCAAAAGCGCAAGGGCAAGCAGCGUGAAUUUUGUCUACAAGAACAGCAAAACUUCGUCUUUCGACUACUUCACGAAGGCCAACUCCUACUCCAGCCUCACCUCCACCCCGCGGGCGCGAGGCACGGAACGCACGUCCUUCCCCCUCGACGAUGCAAACGACAGUUCCACGUUGUCUGCCGGCAUGACGUGUCCGGACGGGCGCCAGCUGCUGGUGGUGGACCAUAGUAUGGAGCAAACCAGCAAAAACAUCGAGGAUCUGCGCCGCGAAGCCAGUCGCGACAUUUUCGUUCCGCUGAACCGCCGGCCCGGAUACCACCGCCGAGGAUCCUCGAAGACUGGUGGCGUCGAUCCGCACAGAACUACGACCACAAGCAAGGCUAGCAGUAGCAGGCUCAACAGCAAGGCCAGCGUUGGCACGGCCCUCGCCGCGUCCGGCACAACGAGCAAAUCUUCGGCGGUCCGCGGUCGCCUGCCCGAGACGGACCAAAACUCCCUGAAGCAGUACGUUGUGCCGGUGGCCACGGAGUCCCAGGUGCGGAAGCGGCACUGGAAGAUGCAGAAGCAGAAGACCGGCUUGCUGCAUAUGACCUGCUCAAGCGUUACAAUCUCAAACGUUACAAUAGAAUUCCGAAAUCUGUGAUGCAAGAAGUGCAUGAUCUAGCCAAGUCUCAUAGGACUGCGCAUAACAAGUUCCGGAGUCCCAAACCGCACUACAAUCUGCCGAAAUUUGUGUUGCACAAAGUGGAAUGGUCUGCGAGUCUGUCAUGCUCAUUACGCAAGAGCAAGACAAAUCCCAGAUUCUAUUGUAACGUUUGAGAUUGUAACGCUGGAGCAGGUCAUACUGCAGAACGCCAUGCGGGACUUGCAGCACAUCCAGGAGUAUCAAAUGCAAAAAUGUCUGGGUCUGGAAGGAUGCGACUUGUGGUGCUGAAUUUGGAUUCUACAAAAAUCUGUAUUGCAUGAACAGCAAAAGAGGUCCAGUUUUUGCCAAAGCGAGAGGGCAUUUCUCAUGCGGUAUAGGCGUCAGGAAGCCCUCACAAAAUCUGUGAUGCUAGAGCAUGCGUCACAGACUUCAGGAGUCAUGCAGAGUGGGCAUAACAAACCUUGCAUCCUUCCAGACCCAGACAUUUUUACAUUUGAUAAGGAGGUGCUGGAGCGCCCCAAGCAGCUUCCCAAGUUCGACGGGAACGGCGUGGAACAGCGACCGCAAACCAUAUUCCAACCGCCGAAGCGAACCGCGGCGUUUCAUCUUUCCACGCGGAACAGCGCCAACCCGCGGAGCGCGAGUCUGGGCGGCACACCAACGGUAAUAGGCUUCCAUCCCUCAUCGUCUUCUAGCGGCGUUGCACUGAAAAAUAACCCUGGUUUCUUGUCCGCUUGUUCCAACAAAAAAUCCGACACAUCGGCGGCUAUCGUUGUCGGGUACGAUGCGCGGGGGCACCGAGUGAUCCAGAUGAGAGACUCUCUCCUGGACAGCUCGCACAAUGUUUCCACCACUUACGAGGACUAUGACGAGGAGUACUCCGCAUCCGCCUCUGCCACGGCAAAUCAAGAAGGGACUGCCGGAGCACCCGUUGGGGCGACGAGCUCGGGAACCCACGUGGUGCAGCAAGCCGUAUCCCACCGCCCGUUUCAGUUCUACAAUGAGGAGGAAAAUGUGGCCACCGACGCGGAGGUGGAGGUCGUUGCGGAAACGCGAAAGGAAAAAAGCUUGGCAGAGCUCAAGGCGGAACUCGAGGCGGAUCUGCUUGGAAAGGCCCCGGCCGAACGAGACCGCAUCAUCCAGAAGGCGACGACGCAGUAAAAAUUGUCCCUUGCGGUCGUUAUGGAAAAUAUUUUUGCUGAAAUUGAAGAUGUGCUCUGUGCUGCUGUCUAUGCUCUCUGACAAGUCUUUGCGUGAGUCUUUGUCUUUUAUCCUCGUUAGCAAUUUUAAGAACUGACUUUCCAACUGCUGUGAACAUUUUCUAAUUCACAACUUUCAAUUCCGCACAGGGGCCUCUCUUCGCUGGACAGCAUUGUCCAGGAGAUCCGCGCGCGAGGUACGGCGGCGACGACAUGCUCGGAGAACUCCAUUUGCAUCUCCACGACGACGGCGAAGAGCUCCAAGUCGCACUAUCGGAAGUUUCUUCCUCUCUCGCCAAACGAGUCGACGUUUACCCCGAGGCUCAACCUGACAAGAAGAAAGACGAAGGAGCUACUGGGUUCCAGUCGCGCCAACUUCGCCAACGUAGCGGAGCGGCUGACCUACAUGGGCCGCAGCUACCAGAAACGCCACCAGUCGCUCGUGCAAAAGCACAAAACAAGUCGCGAGAAUGUACUUAAAGAGGAUGCGUUUUUUCGAAUAGAGCAUUGAUUAGGCUGCCUCUUCGAUAUGUCUGCUUUUCUCGCAUGUUCAUCGCUUGACACAUAUUAGAGAGUAUAAACAAGCGCCAGUACUUCUACUAUAUCUUGAAACGUUCACUUUUCGAUUACAACCAGGCCUUUCUUCGUCUCGCGAACUCGAAGAAAACACUCCCCGCCAGCGAUCGCUUGGUGCAGAACGUGGGAAAUAUUGGGUACCGCACCACCCGCCAGCAGGAGCGGAGACAGCUGUCCAUCGAACGAAAGCGGGAGGAGCUCGAGCGCAAGCAGAUGAAGGACUGCACGUUCCAGCCAAAGGUGUUUCUCUAUGGGCAGACCAGCCGGUCAAGGUCAGAAGGCGGACACAAUGGAAGUAGUAAGGGCUCCACGACGUCCCGCUGUAGCUACUGGCGCGGGAAGCACCAGAACCAGAUCGACUCGUUUGCCGACCAGAAUUUCUACACGCGCCUGAAAACCAGUCAGGUGCGGCGGGAAGAGAAGUUGCGCAACGUCAGCAGCAUGCGGGAGUCCAUGGAAAUCGAGGACUGCAGUUUCAAGCCGGAACUGUCCAGCGGGACGAAAAAACUCAAGUGCGAGAGCAAGAUUAAAGAGUUCUGGACGGCGGGGCAAGGACUGGAUUUGGCCACUACAACCGGUGCAGCUUCAACCUCCGGGGCCAUCUCUUCUAGUGCUGUACCUCUAUUCACUCCGGGUGCGAGCCUGAAGUACAACGCCGGCCUCUUGACCAGCGCAACGAGUCGUGCCGCGAGCGUUCCGGCUGGUAGAGGCAGCAGUGGUUCAAAAACUGAGGACUUUGGGACGAUGUCCCUCGCUGAACAGCAAUUGCGGAUGUUAGACUCUUCUUCGAAAAGAACUGCGUCGUCAAAAACGAGCUCCGCAGCCCCCGGCAUGGUCGACGCCGAUGUCUUUUACGCGCAGGAAACGCCGGCGGGGGACGGGGCACAACCGGGUGCGGUGCUGGGGACGAAACCACGCAUAAUUCUUCGGCGGAAGGCGCGCAGCGGCCGGGCGAUGGACGCCAUUCCUUUCGUGGACGAGUCACCAUGCGGCGACCCAGAUCUCGCCUAUGUUCUUGAGCAGCAUUUGAGCGCAUAGAAAGAUUGAUGUCUGUUUCCUCAGAGCCGAACUUUGCUGAACUUCUUUUCUUUUUCACUUCUUCGGCAUGAUUAUCAUGCGGUGUUUUGUCUCUCGGGCACUUAGCCGCAGCUAUUGCUGCAUUGCAACUUGAGGCGGGCCCCUACGUGAAAUUGUACCAAGGGACUUAGCACGGCGAGAAACAAAAACACCUCGGUCAGGAUUUUGCGAAGUAUGGUGGACGUGGUUUUGCAUUGAGAUCAGGUCAGCAGAGCGAUAAAGAAAGAUUAAGAUGAUGAAUUACGCUCCUGCUGCUGAAAUCAAGAAGGAGUUUCAAUUCACCUAAACGAAU